CACCCUGCGAAUAGCCUUUGACAGCCUGAAGAAACGGACCUGUCGACCUACGAAGGGGCACUGGAUGCCCUCAAAAGACAGUACCUGCAGCCGGUGAACACUGUCUACACAAGACAUCGCUUAGCUACGCGACGACAGCGGCCUACAGAGUCGAGCCCCGAGUUUCUCCGAGCCCUACAGACUCUCGUCCGAACUUGUGACUGCAAGACGCUCAUGGCGGAACAGCAUGCGGAGCUGCUAGUAUGAGACGCCUUUGUUACAGGACUGAGGUCAGUGUAUGUGCGCCAGCGGCUGCUGGAAAAUGCCGAUCUUACCUUAUGCUCAGCGAUCGAGACGGCCGACACGCUGGAUGCUGCUCUGCACAACGCUGAUGCUGUCCAGCCACGCGAUUGCCCCGCCAGUUCCGUGGACACCUCAGACUCCGCCGCCGCCGGUUCCCACGAGCAAAUUUGCCAACACCACUGCCAGUCACGAUUCCACGAACUCCCCAAGCCUGACCACGGCUGCGGCCAGGCGAAAGCCUGAGCUGUGUUACUUCUGCGGACUCAAAAAGCACCCCUGAAAACGCUGCCAGGCUCAAGAAGUGACCUGCUCCAGCUGCGGGAAGAAGGGCCAUUUCACCAAGGUCUGUAAGUCUAAACCGUGAGCGGGGUCGAGCAGCGCUGCGCGUGAGAUGUGGGGGCCACCAUCUUGCAUGCCCGGAUGUGGGCGGUCAUCUUUGUCGGCAUCACCAUGCCCCGCCCCCUACCCGUGUGAGAUGUGGGGGCCGCCAUCUUGCAUGCCCAGAUGUGGGCGGCCAUCUUCGUCGGCGUCAACAUGCCCUGCCCCCGACCCACCGGUGUUUACUGGGUACCAAGACGGCAGUUCAACUCUGGCCACCGUAACCCUCGACCAAAGCGCUCCACACCAGCUUGCAAGUUCAAUGAUGGACAUCCUGGUGGAGGGGCACAGGACUAGCUGCCUGUUUGACACGGGCAGCACUGAGAGUUUUAUUGACCCGGACACGGUGCAACGCUGCGGACUCGUGACACAGCCGGUAAGCCAGAGGGUCACCAUGGCUUCUGGGUCGCAUUCCACAGACAUCCGGGUGGGUUGUGUAGCGACAUUGGUGGUGCAGGGCACAGAAUAUCGGAACUUUGCACUACUGGUCAUGCCUCAACUGUGCGCACCUGUGCUAUUGGGGCUGGACUUCCAGAGCCAUCUCGAAAGUGUGACUGUGGCAUAUGACGGGCCCCUCCCACCACUCACUGUCAGGAAUCCUCAAUUUGGUGGGACUUUGCCAUAUACCCCGCUACUGACUGCGCACACACACCGAACCACACGUCCCACCCAGCACCAUGCCGACAGCCGCGCUACCGACACCACUUGCAGCCUCUCCACCCUCAAGAUCCCUCCCCCAUCGUUGUUUGCCAACCUGACCCCUGACUGUAAACUGGUGGCAACUAAAAGCAGGAGGUACAGCGCGGGGGACAGGGCCUUCAUUCAGUUGGAGGUGCAGCGGCUGCUAAGGGAGGGGAUCAUUGAGCCAAGCACAAGCCCUUGGCGACCCCAGGUGGUUGUUGUUCGGACUGGGCAGAAAAAUAGGAUGGUCUUGGAUUAUAGCCAGACCAUCAAUAGGUUCACGCAGCUUGACGCGUACCCCCUACCCCGCAUUGCGGGUUUGGUCAACCAGAUGGCUCAGUACAAGGUGUACUCGACAAUAGAUCUGAAAUCCGCUUAUCACCAGCUCCCCAUCUGCCCAGAGGACCGCCCCUACACCGCCUUCGAAGCGGGCGGCAGGCUCUAUCACUUCCUGCGCGUCCCUUUCGGUGUCACGAAUGGUGUCUCUAUCUUCCAGAGGGAAAUGGACCGGAUGGUGGACCAGUACCAACUGAAGGCCACAUUUCCCUAUCUGGAAUACAUCACCAUCUGUGGUCGCGACUGGCCGGAUCACAACGCCAACCUCUAACGAUUUUUCCAAGUGGCCGAAGCUCUGAACCUUACUUAUAACAGGGACAAGUGUGUGUUCGGAACCACCUGACUCGCUAUCCUUGGGUAUGUCGUGGAAAACGGGGUCAUUGGCCCUGAUCCCUACCGUAUGCGCCCCCUGUUAGAACUCCCUCUUUCCACCACUCUCAAAGCCCUCAGACAGUGCCUGGGUUUUUUUUCCUAUUACACCCAAUGGGUCCCCCAUUACGCAGACAAGGCCUGCCCCCUGGUCAAGUCUACCACUUUUCCCCUCUCUGCUGAGGCCCGCGCGGCCUUCAGCCGCAUUAAAGGGGACAUUGCCAAAGCAACGAUGCAUGCGGUGGAUGAGACCAUUCCCUUCCAAGUAGAGAGUGAUGCCUCCGAUUUCGCGCUUGCUGCUACCCUCAAUCAGGAAGGCAGGCCAGUAGCAUUCUUUUCUCGUACCCUUCAAGGCUCUGAAAUUCGGCACUCCGCGGUGGAGAAAGAAGCCCAGGCCAUAGUGGAUGCUAUUAGGCACUGGAGGCACUAUCUCGCCGGCAAAAGGUUCACCUUGCUGACCGACCAGCGCUCGGUUGCAUUCGUGUUCAGCAACCAACAGUGGGGCAAAAUCAAAAAUGAUCCACCUACAACUUUGACAUCCUGUACCAGCCUGGCAGACUCAAUGAGCCCCCUGAUGCCCUAUCCCGGGGAGCGUGUGCUAGCACACAGCUCAACCAGCUGUACGCCCUUCAUGCACAUCUUUGCCAUCCGGGGGUCACCCGAUUUUACCAUUUUGUGAAAGCUCGGAACCUGCCAUACUCCCUGGAGGACAUCAGGACGAUGACCAGGGACUGCCAAAUCUGCGCUGAGUGCAAACUGCACUUAUACCAUCCUGAAAUGGCGCAACUUGUCAAGGCCACCCGCCCUUUUGAGCGACUGAGUGUUGACUUUAAGGGCCCCCUUCCCUCCACCGACCGCAAUGUCUAUUUUCUCAAUUUUAUCGACGAAUACUCGCGGUUCCGCUUUGCCAUCCCCUGCCCCGAUACCACUGCCACAUCCGUCAUAAAAGCCCUACGCCAGCUCUUCACUCUGUUUGGAUAUCCCUGCUAUAUCCACAGUGAUAGAGGGUCGUCCUUUAUGAGUGACGAGCUGUGCCGGUACCUGCUAGCUAGGGGCAAUGCUACUAGUCGGACCACGAGUUAUAAUCCCCAGGGAAAUGGACAGGUGGAGAGGGAGAAUGCCACAGUGUGGAAGGCCACACUUUUAGCCCUUAAGUCAAAAGGGUUGCCGGUCUCUCAGUGGCAGGAGGUCCUCCUUGAGGCACUCCACUCUAUCCGCUCCCUGUUAUGUACGUCCACCAAUGCCACCCCUCACGAGCGCCUAUUCUCUUUUCCCAGGAAGUCUGUCACUGGGACCACCCUACCAGUUUGGCUGACGUCCCCAAGGCCAGUGCUGCUCCGGAAACAUGUGAGGAGCAAUAAAUACUCCCCGCUGGUCGAGAGGGUUCACCUUCUACAUGCGAUCCCCCAGUAUGCCUAAGUGGUCUUACCUGAUGGGCGGGAGGACACGGUCUCCGUCCGCGAUCUGGUGCCCGCAGGAGCAGCAGACCACUACCCCGAACACUCCCCGACCCUGGUAUAAAGGCGAUCAAGGCCUGAGCCCGGCCUCUCAGUCUCCAGGAUGUAGUAUGGUGGUCAACCACUGCUUGCUCCUUCUUCCAGUCAAUAAAAGCCGAUAUCUCGCCUUUACGUCUCAGAAGCUGGAAAAUGUGGGGAACCUACACAUUCAGUUGGGUGCUGAGCUGAAAGAGGAGGCAAAGAGACUGGAGGAUUUCCGGGAGAGGCAGAAGGAAAUGCGGAAAAAGUUUGAAAUUUCUAUGGAGCGAAUACAGAAGAGUAAGGUUGCCUUGUACAAGAAAACUAUAGAGUCAAAGAAAUACUACGAGCAGAAAUGCCGAGAGGCAGACGAGGCGGAGCAUAUGUCAGAGCGUGCAAACUCCAUUGGAAACCCAAAGCAAAUGGAAAAGUGCCAGAACAAAGCCAAACAGUCUCGAGACGCCGUGGGUGACGCAGAGCAAAUUUAUCAACAGAAUAUAGAACAACUAGACAAGAUUAGACAAGAAUGGGAACAAGAACACAUCCAAACUUGUGAGGCAUUUCACCAGCAGGAGUGCGAUCGCAUCAACAACCUGAGGAAUGCGUUGUGGGUUCACUGCAAUCAGCUCUCGUUGCAGUGUGUGAAAGAUGACGAGAUGUAUGAGGAAACUCGGAAGGUGUUGGAGAAGUGUGAUAUUGAUGCGGAUAUAGAUUGUUUCAUUCAGAAGAAGAUGACAGGACUGACUCCCCCUGCUCCCAUUGAGUAUGAGAACUACUACCAGAAACAACCCAGUGGAGAAAACCGCACUGCGAGCUCUUCCAGGAAUGGAGGGGUGAUGAAAAGAUACUGCCCUAAUUUUUUGCAUUACAGGAUUUCCAAUUUUUUACCUGGCUACAGUUCAAAGCCCAGCAGCAGCAGCAGCAGCAGCAAUUCAGUCAGUGCUACUGCACCUCCCCCUGCAGAGGAUUUGUAUGCCAGUGUUGUUACUGUACCUCAGGAAAGCACAAACAACUACAGAGUUCUUUACGACUACACGGCUCAAAAUAGCGACGAACUAGACCUAACCGCCAAUGACAUAAUCCAGAUCACAGAGGAAAAUGAAGACGGAUGGUGGAUGGCAAGUCGUAACGGGCUAAGUGGCUUGGUCCCCAGUACCUACUUGGAGAAAGCCUGAGAGAUCCAGAGUUCAUCUAGCCGCACAUUCUCCACCAUUAACUGAGGAACAGUGAAACAUAGGGUGACUGGCACUGGCCAGCAAGCUGCUUAAUAUUAAAGUUUACAUGAAAUAAUUGGGUGCAAAGAGUUUAAUAUGGUACAUGCUCCUGAUAUAUUGUCCGAUUAUCUGACUUGUAGUAUUUAUCUGUAAAUAGAGAUCUGUAUUGUGGUAAAUUAAUCCAUAAUGAUGCCACACAAGUAUCAGAAUGAGAAUCACUUUAUUGCCAGUAUGUGAAACAUACUAGAAUUGAUUGUGGUUCAGAGCCAAGCGUAAAUCACAGGGCAGUACCGUUAGACAACACAAUAGCAGCCAAUAAUUUACAAGACAAUAGUGCAAACAGUCAUGAGCAAUGAACAACUAGCUCAAACUUAAAUGUAUAUUAUAAUCAUCAUUCCUGCUGUACAUGACUAACAUAUUCUGAGAACUCAAGAUCAAGACCAUAAGACACAGAAGCAUUCAGCCCACUGAGUUUGCUCUGCCAUUUGAUCAUAGCUUAUUUAUUAUCCCUCUCAACCCCAUUCUCCACCUUCUCCCCGUAACUUUUGAUACCCUUACUAAUCAAGAACCUAUCAACAACUACUUUAAAUAUAUUCAAUGACUUGGCCCCCCACUGCCGUCUAUGUCAAUAAGUUCCAGAUUCACCACCCUUUGGCUGAAGAAAUCCCUCCUCAUCUCUGUUCUAAAGGGAUGUCCUUUUAUUCUGAGGCUGCACCCUCUGGUUCUAGAUUCCCCCACUAAAAGAAAUUCCUCUCCAUGUCCACACUUUCUCUACAUGUUAGGUGUUCUGGCACUGUGUUCCCUAGAGUUUGAGAUACUUAUUUAUGGUUUCCGCUUGAUUUCCCAUUUCAGAUGCACUGAUCUUGCUGUCCAUCUGUCUCAGGUGUUUGUCCUUUGCCAACCUGGGCUAGUUUGUACACCUGCUUUUCUCUUACAAGAGUACAGAGAAACAUUACAAGGACGUGGCCAAGUCUUGAGGACCUCAGUUAUAGGGAAAAAUUGCACAGGUUAGAAUUUUAUCCCCCCGGAGUUUAGGAGAAUGAGGGGAUAUCUAAUAGAAGUGUGCAAUCAUGAGGGUACAGAGUAAGUGCAAAGAGGCUUUUUCCACUGAGGCGGGGUGAGACUUAAAAUAGAGGUCAUCGGGUUAAGAGUGAGGGGUGAAACAUUUGAGGUGAAUUUCACUGAAGGUGUUGAUUGUGUGGUAUGAGCUGCCAGAGGAGAUGAUGGAUGUGGGUCCUAUUACAACAUUUAAGAGAAUUAGACCAUGACAUAGGAGCAGAAUUAGGCCAUUCAGCCCAUCGAAUCUGCUCCACCAUUCCAUCAUGGCUGAUUUAUUAUCUUCUCAACUCCAUUCUCUUGCCUUCACCCCGUAAUCUUUAACACCCUUAUUAAUUAAGAACCUAUCAACCUCUGCAUUAAAUAUAUCCUCUACAGCCAUCUGUGGCAAUGAAUUCCAUACAUUCACCACCCUCUGGCUAAAGACAUUCCUCCCCAACUCUAUUUUACAGAUACCUCCUUCUAUUCUGAUGUUGUGCUUGCUGGUCCUAGAUUUCCCACUAUUUGAAACAUCCUCUCCAUGUCCAUUCUGUGUAAGCCUUUCAAUAUUGAUAGGUUCAAAGAGAUUUCCCCUCCCGCCCAUUCUUCAAAACUCCAAUGAGCACAGACUGGAUGGAUCUCUGCUGUGGUGACCUACGACUCUAGAUGAAAUUAUUCAACCAGGGCAAUGUCCAACUUGCACCUUUAUCUUGUAUUUUGUAGAAUAUUUAAAAUAUUAUUUUCUUUGAUCUCUGCAACGUCUAAGGUUUUGGGGUUGAAGGCCUGUGUCCAAAAACCCUGUUGCAGUUAUCCAGUUCUUACAUCUAUCUUCCCCCCCCCCCCACCCCAAAGUCAGCUACCUGGUGCUGUAAGAGAUCAUUUCUCACCUAAUAGU